AUGCUUGAUGAUAGCUCUGUUGAUUCAAAGGUUACACUACCUAGUGCACCAAAUGUUACUUGGCAACAUAUAUGGUCCUUUAGUGAAACACAAGAUGCUCUCUCUGAUUCGCUAUUUGUUGCCAUUCCUAAUGAAAUUCUAUUACGUAUCUUUCAAGUCCUAUCUGUAGGAGAUCUAUGUAAUGUUUCAUUAGUUUGUCGAUCAUUCAAAAUGAUCGCCGAUCAAGAUGAAAUAUGGAAAUCAAAAUGCAAUAAUUCUAAUCGAGAAAGAAAAUCUUCUAAUCGUCAAAUGAUGAUGUUUUGUUGUCCUUGUAGGGCAAUUAAACUAUCGGUCAACAUUGAUGAUACAGCUCGUGAACUUAUAAAACUAUUAGAAAAAGCAUCUAAAUUUCAAGCACAAUGGCAACAAUCAUCUAUUUUGAAACAAAUGAUAAUAAGAUAUUAUCGUUUUAUGCAAUUAAAAGCAUCUCAUCCAACUAAUCUUCUAUUAAUUCCUACUUUGGAUAUUGAAAUUGUUUGGCAAACUCAUUUACUUCGACCUGAAAUCUAUCAAGCUGAUUGUAUUCGUUUAUUUCGUCGAGUUAUUGAUCAUAAAUUGUUAUCUAAUGAGAUCGAAGAAUUUUUCAAAGAACAAGCAGUUCGAGAUACUUGCCAAUUAUAUGAACAAAGAUUCGGUGAAAAAUAUUGUCUAUUAUCAUCAAUCGAUGAGAGAAAUCAAUUUGGAUCAAAUGUUUCUCAUUAUAGUUUCAAUUCAUCUCGUCCUGAUAAAACGUAUUAUUCUUAUUGGGAUAAAACAGAUUUUGAGUUUUCAUGUUGCUCACCAAAAGAUUAUGAAAAUCCUUUCUCAUUUACAGAAGGUGAUAUUAUCUUAGAUAUGAAUUGGCUUGAUAUGUGUCAAAAAUUUAUGACAGAUACGCUAAAAAAAGUCUCUGUUACAAAUUAUUAUCGGAAUCAAUUGAUAAGAUUCAAUCUUGGACAAGGGGCAAUGAAACGAUUAAAAAAAUCUUAUGAACGAUUUUUAUACAUGGCAGCUAAAUAUCCACUUAAAGAUCGGAAUGGUUUUGUACCUCCAACAUAUGCAAUUGAUAUCAUGUGGCAUUCUCAUAUGCAAGAACCAUUGAAUUAUGCAGCUGAUUGUCUUCGUCUUGUUGGCUAUGUUAUUUUUCAUGAUCCAUGGCCAAUAAUCGAGGAUAAUAAUAUGAAGAAAUCAUGUGAUAAAAUAGAUGAUAUUUGGAAGGAAGAAUUUGAUAAUGAUAUAACAACAGAUCAUCUUUACAACACAGUUGAUCAGGUAGUUGAUUGGUCUGACGAAGACACUUAA